AUGAUGAAGGAGACAGCCCAGUCAACACUCGGACCAAAGAAGAGAGUCCACCAGGACUGGUUUGAUGAGAAUGAUAAGGCCAUCGCCCAGCUCCUUGACGACAAGCGGAAAGCAUUCAUGGCGUGGCAGAACGACAUGUCCUCCACCUCCAAAAGGAACUGCUUCAAGCAGCUCCAGAGUCAAGCUCAAGCUGCGCUCCGCUGUAUGCAGGAUGAGUGGUUGGAGAAAAAGGCAGAUGAAGUCCAGCUCUACGCCGACACCAAGAACUCUAAGAUGUUCUUCAGCUCCAUCAAGGCAGUGUAUGGACCAUCCAAACCAAGCACCACCCCUCUCCUGUCAGCAAAUGGAACACUGCUGAAGGAGAAGAGCGCCAUCAACAAGAGGUGGAGGGAACACUUCAGCACCCUCCUCAACAGACCAUCCACUGAAGAGGACAUGCCCCAGGAGUUCAGGGAUGCCACUAUUGUCUCCCUCUUCAAGAACAAAGGCAGCAAAUCUGACUGUGGCAACUUCAGAGGCAUAUCUCUCCUAUCUAUCGCUGGGAAGGUCUUGGCACGCAUCAUCCUCAAUCGCCUGGUCACCGCCAUCUCAGAGGAGAACCUGCCAGAGGCACAGUGUGGCUUCCGCCCAGGCCGCAGUACUAUUGACAUGAUUUUCGCAGUCCAUCAGGUGCAAGAAAAAUGCAAGGAACAGAAUAUGGACCUGUAUGCAGUCUUCAUCGACCUGACCAAGGCUUUCGAUACUGUCAACAGAGAGGCCUUGUUGAUAAUCCUUGGAAAAUUUGGCUGUCCGAGGAAAUUUGUGAGCUUGAUCCGCCUGUUUUAUGACAACAUGACUGGCCUAGUACUUUCUGGCGGAGAGGCGUCUGAGAAGUUUGAAAUCUCUAAUGGCGUGAAGCAAGGCCUUGGCAAAACAGAGGUCCUGUUCCAGUCCACCCUGUUAUCUGUGGCUUCCCGCCCCUCCAUCUCCAUCGAGGGAACAGAACUGAAGACUGUAGAUGACUUCAAAUACCUCGGCAGUGUCAUUUCCAGCGAUGGCUCCCUUGACAAAGAGAUCAACGCGAGGAUCUGCAAGGCAAGCCAAGCUCUCGGCAGACUGAGAUCUUGUGUGUUGAAACAGCACAACAUCCGGCAGACCACCAAACUGAAGGUGUACAAGACAGUUGCCCUCACCAGCCUCCUUUAUGGAUGUGAGACCUGGACCUUGUACAGGAGGCACAUCAAACAGCUGGAACGCUUCCACGUACGCAGGCUGAGGUCAAUCCUCGGCAUCCGGUGGCAGGAUAGGAUCACGAACCUGGAGGUCCUGGACAGGGCAGAGACUACAAGCAUCAAAGUUAUGAUCUUAAAAGCCCAGCUUCGAUGGACAGGGCAUGUUAUCCAAAUGGAUGACUCCAGAAUCCCCAAGCAGAUCCUCUAUGGCGAACUCUGCUUAGGCAAAAGAAACUGGGGAAGGCCUAAGAAGCGCUUCAAAGACAGUGUCAAGGCCAACAUCGUCCAUGCUGGAAUACCCCCGAAGCAGCUAGAGGAGCGUGCACAGGACCCGGCAGGAUGGCGUGCUGUGACAAAACAAGCAACCGACAGCUUUGAAAAAAGCCGCCGAAAUAGUGUCAUGGAGGCCCGGGAGAGGAGGAAGGCAGCUGCAGCAGCAGUACCCACAGCGCCAGGCCAGUUUCUCUGCUCUCACUGCGGAUGCCUAUGCAGAUCAAGACUGGGACUCCACAGUCAUAUGAGAGUCCACACCACUUCCAAAUGA